GUAUGCUUUAUCCAACACCAGGAAUUGAUGAUUUUAAUGAAGAUGAAUGUAUAAGUGGAGACGAUGAAGAGGAUUUGAAUAUUAAAAAGAAAAAGAAGAAACUUACUAGUCAACCAGAAAUUGUAGAGGACGCUGUUGGCGAAAUUUCUUCAAAUUUUCAUUUUGAAGUGGAUGAAGGAAUUGAGGAAGAGGAUAAUAAACAAAAUAACGAUUUGGAAGGAUUGACAACUUUUUUAAAGAAAAACCAAAAUAGAAUGUCAACACUUGCUGAAAAAAUUGAAAUGGAAAGAAAAAGAAUUGGGCAGAAAAGUAAUAUCGAUGCUUUAAUGGAAAUUGGAGAAGAUACAUUCAAAGACGAAAAAGAAACAGCAUCAGCUCCAUUUUCUAUGGAAUUAACCGAAAAGGAAAUAAAAAAUGAUAAACUUCGUUUAAAACAGCUUGGAAGCAAACAAUUUUUUGAGAAAAGUUCUGAUCAACUAGAACAAAAAGUUUCAUCUUUUGACGAGUUAAAUUUGAGUAGACCAAUUUUAAAGGCAAUUCUCGAAUGUGGUUUUCAACUUCCUACUCCCAUUCAAGCUGCAUGUAUUCCUGUUGCACUUGCUGGUCGUGAUAUUUGUGCAUGUUCUGCAACUGGUACAGGCAAAACUGCAGCUUUUAUGCUUCCAAUAUUUGAACGUCUUCUUUACAAGUUUAUAUUUAUUUUAAUUUUUCUUUUAUUUUUAAAGGCCACAAGGAAAACGGCCUACAACAAGAGUUUUGGUACUUGUGCCUACACGUGAACU